AUGUCGCAGGGAACCGUGGAACCGCCAGCGCAGCAAGGCAUGGAAUCUGCCUUGACUCCGUUCGAGCAGCCCAUUCAGGCUCCGGCUCCCAUUCCAUUUGAACAGCCUGCACCAAUUCCGUUCGAGCAGCCUCAACCUGCUCCGGCUCCCAUUCCGUUCGAGCAGCCUGCUUCGAUUCCUGCUCCAGCUCCGUUCGAACAGACCAAACCAGCUCCAGCUCCAUUCGAACCACCUCAAACGGCUCCUGCUCCGAUUCCAUUUGAACAGCCUCAAACUACUCCAGCUCCAGCUCCAAUUCCCUUCGAUCAACCUGCUUCGAUUCCUGCCCCUACUCCGAUUCCAUUUGAGCAACCUAAGCCUACUCCUACUCCUACUCCUGCCCCUGCUCCGUUCGAGCAGCCUCAGCCUAAACCUGCUCCUGCUCCUACUCCGUUCGAACAACCUAAGCCUACUCCUGCUCCUGCUCCCAGCAAACCAGCAAAAGAAAGCACGCCUGCAAAAGAGCCAAAGAAGGAAGAGCAUAGUUCUUGGUUCUCUUUCAGCUUCUUCAGGGGUUCGGAUUCUGGAAAGAAGGUCUACAAAGUGGAUUUGUCCAAGGAUGAAGUGAAGCCCUACUAUGAUGAAGCGAAGAAAAGAUGGAUUAUUCCGGGAGAGCCGGAGGAAGAGGAGGCUCCGGCCCCACCACCUCCACCUCCCAUGACGCCUGUGCAACCUGAGCUUCCUGCACAGCCUGCGCAGCCUGCAAUGCAGCCUCCCCAACCUCCAAUGCCUGCCCAACAACCCGAAAACCCCGCAGCUGAGACUGCAACUGCAACUGCAACUGCAACUGCAACGGAAGCCGAAGCUGAAGUAGCACCUCCCGCUGCACCGCCAAUAAAGGCUUUCAUGCCUUUUAUGCCCGAGCAAAAAGCAGAAUCGACUACUCCAUCUUCGACUCCUCCAGCGACAGGAAGACCGAAUCGCAAAGUGGCAAAGGCGAAACCGAAGGCAAAACCACGCCCAAUGUACACUAGCACCUUUUGA